AUGAUCAAGCACAAGUUCAUAGACAUCAAAAUAAAGUACACAGCUGCAGAUAUUGUUAGGGACUUGAAACAUUAUCAUGAAGUGCAAGUCAAAUACAGCAAAGCUUGGAGGUCUAGAGAAAAAGCUAUUGAAAAAGUGAGAGGAAAAGCAGCUGACUCUUAUGCAGAAUUUCCUACAUUGAAUGCUUCAAUUAAAGGUUGGAACUAUUGCGUACCUGUUGUAAUAGUUGAUGGGACUUUUUUAAAAUCAGCGUAUGGAGAGACAUUAUUGGUUGCAGCCACUCAAGAUGCAAAAGGUAGAAUCUUCCCCCUAGCAUUUUGUGUAGUUGAUUCAGAGAAUGAUGAUUCUUGGGAGUGGUUCUUUGAGAAUUUCAAGAAAGCUUAUGGUGUAAGAGAAUGCAUGAGCAUCGUAUCUGAUCGACAUGAAAGCAUCAUAAAAGCAACCAACACAAUGUACCCAGAAGUACCACAUGGGGCUUGCACCUUCCAUCUACUAAAAAACAUGAAAAGCAAGUUCAAGAAGAACUCAAAAAAGUUCAAGGAUAUAUUUUUCACAGCUGCAAAUGCAUACACUGUCAAAAAGUUUGAGUACCACAUGAGAGAACUUGAUAGGAUUGACAACAGGCUACAACCUUACCUACAAAAUAUUGGCUACGACAGAUGGGCAAGAGUUCACUCACCACACAAUAGAUACUCAAACAUGACAUCGAACAUUGUAGAAUCCUUGAAUUCUCCAAUCGUAGCAGUAAGAGAGCUACCAAUUUGUACAAUGCUAGAGUGUUUACGAGGUUUGGUUCAACAAUGGAGUUGGACUAAUAGGAAGAUAGCAAAUGCAACCUCCACCAAGUUGACUGAGAAGCAUGAAGGGAUCUUGAAUGACAACUACAUCUACUCAUUAAAGUUUCAGAUGGAUCAACUUCCUUGUGCCCAUGCAAUUGCUACUCUUAAAGAAAUGAAUCAAGAUCCAUAUAAAUAUUGUUCUCCAUAUUAUAGCAAGGAAGCCAUGGUUGCAACCUAUCAAGAAAUUGUAUACCCAAUUGGCAAUGAAGACACUUGGGAAAUACCUGAACAUAUCAAAGCUGUGAAAGUACACCCUCCAGAAGGAAGAAUAAGGGUUGCAUUUUGUUAUAUUGGGUAUGUGUUUGAUGUUGAAGGGAGUUGCAAUGACUUUGUAAUUGAGGUGGCAAUAGGUUGUAGUGGGUUCGCAUUUAAGAUAGCGAAAUUGGCUGCAUUAGGUUCAAAUAGGCUUGCAUUUGAGGUUGCAUUUAAGAUGCAAAAUUAG